UUUCUCUCAGUGGCACUAAAAUCCUCCCUCUUAUUCCCGUUAUAUUCGCCUCACCCACCUGUGCUAGAUUGACUGUAUAUCGUAGGCACUGUGUUUCGUUCUAAUACUUCAGUGUAUAGCGUGUUUAUGGCCAGAAAGAAGCAAAUUCGCCUUUAAAAAUGAUUAGACUGUUCCCAUAUUGUCACCAUACUGUCAUUUACAUCUGGCCCGUUAGGUUUUUAAUCACUUGAAUCUUUAUGAUAUUUCAUGUUGUCUUAAAUUUCAUAUAAUUUGAAGGUGUUUGUUAGUUAGACAAAGAAGUUAUUAAGAAUAAUUUUAAAAAGUAGCCUACGGUGGGAGGAGGGCUAGGACACUGAUACCCGUGAAAGUUCAGUUUGCAUUUCCUGCUUGCCAGGCGUUGCUCUUCUGUGUGUUCUGAUUUCGAAAAUAAUGGAGCUCCGUUCGUUGUUAUCAACCAAGAAUUAUAUAUAUAUUUGAAAUAAAGUGUUUAUGAUUAAUUGCACACCGAAUAAUAGGUUAACAGAGCGAGGAUCAUCCGUCAGUGGACACGUCAACGAAAAAUGUUGUUUGCUGAAAGUAAAGAGUGAAGGUGGCGCGGGAAAUUUAAAUUGUUGUAUUUGUUUAAUUAUCGACGCCAGGAACGUUACACAUCACGGGCUCAGAGCUGUCACCAUACUCUUACUAUGUUUGUAAAGAAAAUUUUAAUAAUAUGUCUCUGGAACUAAAAUUCAGUGUCAUGUUAUCUAUCGAUUUUUAUCACACACGCACACACAGACUCGGUAGCAUUCAUAAGUAACAAGGCGUCACUAACCUUCACAAAUACUAAUAUAGUGUUAUGAAGAACAAGAUGAGACGCAAAACAAUGGAUAGUUACAAUGAGACCUCACCGCUAUUGGGUGACAACGACGCCCAAUCAAAGGAGACGAUGGGUGCCCGUCAACAGGAGGAGGGGCGAGUACCCCCACAAGUAGACCCCCCAUACCACUACACCUCGCCAUUCAACCCCGUUACAAGGAUGAUCAAACAGGCAGCCAAGAACGUGACCUUGGAGCCUAUGUUGUUUUUGAAGAUGUUAGCUGAGGGCAACUAUGGUGUAGUGGCCGACACUCUCGAGAUAGAUCGCGUGUGUCGGGUCAACCUUAACUUCACAGAGGAGGAGUGUGCUCAUAUGGACAGUGGCAACUACACCCAUGUUCAGGUUGCUGUACAGAGAUUCCAGAACACCUUCAACUAUAACCAGAGUCUGAUGGACAGUUUGAUUCCCCUGGCUGUUGUGUUGUUCAUGGGUUCCCUCAGUGACCACCACGGGCGUAAACCUCCAAUGUUAGCAGUCUUGGCUGGCUUCGUGGCUGUGUCUUGUGGCUAUCUCUUGGUGUCUCUAAAACCUACCUGGCCUGUUCAAGUGUUGUAUGGUGCCACUCUGGCUAUAGAUAUCACAGGCUCGUGGGUGGUGUUCAACAUGGCGGUGUACAGCUAUGUGGCUGACAUCACGACCCCUGAAAAUCGUACUAAGAGGCUUGGAGUGUUGGACGCCUGCUGGUACCUGGGUGGUCCCAUAGGCCGCUUGAUUGGGGGAUGGUUGUUUCGAGCUGCUGGAUACCCUGUAGUGUUUCUUCUAUCAGCUGUUUUGUGGAUCAUCUGUUUCAUGUAUGUGUUGCUGUGGGUAUCUGAGAGUGUUGACAGAACUACCCAAAGAAGUAGCCCUCAAGAGGUUCAAGAUGCUCGCUUUGGACCACUGCGACAUGUGGUGGCUCUCCUGAGGACAGCGUUCAAAUCCAGACCUGGUCGUGGUCGCUUUCAUCUUGUGGUGUUAUUGAUCCUUAAACUUAUGGUGUUUCUGGUACAAGGUCACCAAAUGUAUCUUUGGGCCAGGCGUGUCCUUAAAUGGGGACCGGCAGAGUUUUCUACCUGGACCAGCUUGGAUUCAGUGAUACACCAGGCAGGCAUGGUAACCUGGGUGUGGCUGGCAUCUAGACUUGGAUUACAUGACACCUCAGUGGCUGUGGGAGGGUUGGUAUCCCUGGGGUUAUGGUCAGCAGUGUUGGCAUGUAUUAUGGGUCCUGGGAUGUGGUGGCUGGUUGUGGUGGCAUCAGUGGUAGGCAUGUUAGAACCCUGCAUAGAACCUGCCCUGCGGACCAUGCUGACCACAGUGGUGGGAGUGGCCGAGGCUGGCAAAGUUCUGGCGCUCACUGGCCUCCUGGAAGCUGCCUGGCUCUCUGUGGACCGAACUAUAUUCACCUUCCUCUAUAACACCUUCGUAAAAUCAUUCCCUCAGAUAAACUUCGUGGUGCAGAGCUGCCUGUGUGUCGUGAUCAUCCUCAUAUGUCUGUUACUGCGGCUGGAUAUGGGUCGUCAGCCCUCUGCCACCCACACCCCCGGCCAACCACCCGUCCAGGCCACAGUGUACAGCGUGCAGUACCCAGAGAGCUCACCAAAACAAAAUAUCUCCCACAGCCCACCAAGAGACACCCCCCACGCUCACUACAUAUAGUAUUUGUGCUCAGGAAUUCUAGGAGCAAGUGCAGUUGGGAACUUGGGACUUGUGCUUAGAUAACUCAAGAAUAUAAGCAGCAAAUUAUUUUUAAAUACAGUAUUUAUAAUUAAUUGGCCACAGUUUGUCAGUCCAUACUGAGCAUUUUUACUGAUCUGAUUGGUGGAUGAUUUUACCCUGUGAGAGCUCACAUUGUGUCCACUAUAACCAAGUUUACUUAAAAUAAAGGAACUAGAAAUAAGUACAGUACAGUACUCCGAAAACAUGACUUUUCUGAAGUUUUUUAGAUAGAUAAAUAUAAGUAACAAAAGGUUAAGUGAAUAAUAUGUCCUUUAGAGAAAAAAUCAAUAACAUUCAAGAUAAAGCUUGUAUAGUAUACAGUAAAUAUGUUGAGCACAAAACAAUUGGCACAAUUUCUAGUGUCUGGUAAUUCCUGUACAGUUUACUCCACUCUUUAUUGUUAGUAUAUCUAUCUGUUAAAGUAGUACAGUAUUAGUAUUAUUUUACCAUAUUUACCCACUACAGAUGGCCAUGCCGAGCAAUAUACAGUAUACAGAGUAUAUAUAAAGAGUAAAUUGAAUGAGAGCAUAUAUAUAUUUUGUUUGUGUGUGAUUUGGUGAUUAAGUCUAUUUUUGUAUACCGCACAGUACUUAUAAAUACGUGGUAUGUAAUAUAAGUGCCGUAUUAAAUACGACACUGAAAUU